AGCACUCACUGCCUGACCAGUUCAACAUACUGGUCAGAGAAAGUUACGAUUUGUUGUGGAGGAUAAUCACACCGAAGACUGCGACAAUGGUUGACCAGUUUGUGGGAACAUGGAAGAUGAUUUCCAGUGAGAACUUUGACGACUACAUGAAGGCACUGGGUGUGGGGUUUGCCACCCGGCAGGUGGGGAACCGAACCAAGCCCAACUUCGUGAUGAGCGUGGAUGAUCAGGGGACGAUCUGUAUGAAAUCUCAGAGCGCCUUCAAAACUACCGAGGUCAAAUUCAAGCUUAACGAGCCUUUCGAUGAGACAACUGCUGAUGACCGGAAGACCAGGACUGUGGUUAGUCUGGACAACGGCAAGCUUAUUCAGAAACAGAGUUGGGAUGGUAAAGAAACGAACAUCGAAAGGGAGAUCUCUGAUGGCAAACUCGUGGCGAAAUGCACAAUGGGAGAUAUUGUGGCUGUGAGGACGUACGUGAAGGAGUGAUGAUGCUGGAUGACCGGCUCAGUUCAAUGAGCAUGCUCCCAAACUGAAAUGGCAUGUUCUGCUCUCUGUACAAUUGUUGCCAAAGUCUGCUUUUUGUAUCUUGUUGCCCUCAUCUUGAUGCCAUCAUGGGGUUUUGUUUGAAACUCUUGUGGUGGAUUUUGUGAAUAAAAGCUUGAGAAUUUGUCAAA